ACUUGAACCAGAAUUUGUGCGAUAUAAAAUGGAGCGUCGGGAUCGUUUAUCUUUUCAGGUCUUUUCGAAGCAAACGCUUUGAAGACAGCUACUGGAUCCUUUUCGCUCCCAUCAGUUGAAAACAUUUUUGGUUGGAAGGCUCUGAUAUCGCGGGGAUUUUCUCAAGUUCGUGUUUUUGUCUGGCGCUCGUUGAACUCCAAGUACUUCGAGUCGUUGUCAGUUUUACACAGUUUCACAUCGCCCCAACGCAUGUUGUGAUGCUCGUUAAUUUCUUUUAGAUGUUAUUGAGCCAUGGAGUGUUCAGAAUUGCUUCUGGGCUUGAUACGCCGAGAUAUCUAAAAUUUGCCGCCAUAUUGUCAUCGCCCGAAAAUCCGGGAACUUACAUGUAAAGGCGGGAAAAAUUCUGACAGUAUUUAAAAAAGAUCAUCUCACAAGGUGUGCAAAACAGAUGAUAAAUUAAGACGAAAAAAUAAGAAUUGCUAAGAAACGGUAAUGGUUUCUAAAGAUGCGACGAUCGGCUUACAACUGACAGUUAGCAUUUUUUAAAGGGAUACAUUGCCACGUUGUUAGCGUCCAACAAUGUGAAAAUUUUAUGGAAAAACUUUUAAUCAUUAAUAAGCCUCAGUGUUGACAAAAUGACGAAGAACUUACAAGUGAAGCACGUCUGGAUGAUUUCGGUUUUUGGAAUGGCAAGCAUUUUGUUUUUGUCGUUCUUGUGUCCCUGGCAGAAUUCUUUUAUCCUGAAAAAUACAAAUUUCACCCAAGACUACUUGAACCGCGGGAUAGCAGUGAUACAGAAUUCUUCCAUACGUCUUAAAAAAGCAAUCAAAGUUUUAAGUUACAUGGAGAAUAAUGACGCAAACUUGGCUGCCCUUGCUAGCAAGAACCUUGUUCACAAAACCAAACUUAUUGUUAUAUACACACACCGCGAGCACGACUUCUGGCAGCCUUGGCUAGCCGUCGACAAAUUUCACUCCUGGUUGGCGCCAACUUGCCAGAAAUACAGCAACAAUUGCAAACUUACAUACAACAAAUCAGAGUUCAGCCGAAGCAACGUUGUUCUCUUCCGCUCGCGCGAUAUGCCGUCGGUUCCAGAACUUCGAGAAUUAUCCAAAACACGCACAUCAGGGCAAAGAUGGGUGUUUCUCACCUUGGAAAAUCCUCACCACACGUACAUCGAUUUAAAACGUUUAAAUGGUCUUUUUAAUUGGUCAAUGACUUACAGAAGAGAUUCGGAUAUAUUUGCGCCUUAUGGCUUCUACAAAAAGCUCCUACACCCCGUAAAUACUAAGGCAAACUACGCCAGAGAAAAAAAUAAGCUUAUUUACUGGCCCGUAAGUAACUGCGGGAAACCUCGAGACAAUUUAGCCCGCGAGCUGAUGAAGUAUGUUCCAGUUGAUGUCUUUGGUGCUUGCCGAUCACACUUUCCUGUCAAUAACCGAAGCCUUCAAUGUGAACGGUUUUCAGACAACUGCUCAAACCUUAUGUCCAGUUAUAAGUUCAAACUCUCCUUCGAGAAUCGGAAUUGCGAGGAUUACAUCACGGAGAAGUAUUGGGAAGCACUGAAUCACGAGAAUAUUCCAAUUGUUCUUGGAGGUGCGAAUUAUGACCACGAAGUAGCGGUACCAGGUUCGUACAUCAAUGUCUAUGACUUCCCUUCAGUCCACGCCUUAGCGGAUUAUAUAAAGUACUUGGAUAACAACGAUACUGCGUAUAAUGAAUACUUCAGCUGGAGGAAGAGUUUUACUACAAAGGGAAAUAACAUUUCGUUAAUGUGGUGUAACCUUUGCGAUGCUAUGGAAAAACAACACGAGGAAAAGAUCAUUCACGAUUUAGACUUGUUUUGGGGUGUAAGACAAAACUGCGAUGUGAAAUCGGAGAAAUGGUUUAACCUCACAAAUCAUUAUUAAGCCAUAAAGUCUUGAACCGUUAUCCCUAACGAGUGUAUCAACAUUAAAUCAGUUAAGGCUGGUUCUCACUAGGACGCAAGGGUAAGCGCAAACGGAAGCGCAACACAAGUGA